AUGGCUUCAGUUACUAGCUGGAUGCAAAACAACACAGACCAUUUUUACUAUCAAGAAGAUCAAGGAACAAAUGGUGUAAACGUCGACUCAAAGAAUACCACAGAAAGCAUACUAACAAAUGCUACAAACGAUUACUUAAUUAGCACCACCGACAGCAUACCAAUAGAUGACCAAAACAUAGAUGUAACUAGUACCACAGACAACAUACCAAUAGAUGACCAAAACAUAGAUUUAACUAGUACCACAGACAACAUACCAAUAGAUGACCAAAACAUAGAUGUAACUAGUACCACAGACAUAAUACCAACAGGUGACCCACACUUCUACACAACUAUCAAAUUUAUCCAUAAUACAGAUAUCAGACCAACUUAUGGACUAAACGACGAUUCAAGUAAAACCACAUCACGCUUUUCUACAAAAAGCCCAACAGUCUACUCAAAGAAAACCACAACUAGCAUUUCAACUAAAGGCCCAAGUAUCUACUCAAGUAAAACCACAACUAGCAUUACAACAAAAAGCCCAACUGUCUACUCAAAUAAUACUACAAAUACUAUAACAACAACAGUACCAACAGUCUACUCAAGUAAACUCACAACUAGGAUUACAACAAAAGGCCCAACUAUCUACUCAAAUAAUACUACAAAUACUAUAACAACAACAGUACCAACAGUCUACUCAAGUAAAACCACAACUAGCAUUACAACAAAUAUCGUCUACUCAAACAAUAACACAAACAGCAUACCAACAAAACGCCCAAGUCUCUACUCAAAUAAUAACACAAAUGACAUAACAACAAAUAUCCCAAACUUCGACUCAAAGAUUAUCGCAAAUAGCAUCACAACAAGUGGUAAUUACGUCAUAUUAAAUAGUACCACCUUCAGCAUGACCACAAAAGGCGUCCCAGUUGACUCAAAGAUUACUGCAGAUGACAAUGAGACUACAAUAAUUAUAAUAUUUGUUGUUAUUUUCAUCGUCAUACUCAUUGUUGGUAUUUCUACAGCAAAACUAAUUCGCAGACGUAAGAAAAAUAACUCGCAAAACUGUCAAACUCUAAGCGAUCAACAGACAAUAUCUCAAGUUGGGCAGUCCGAAAAUGCCUCAAACAUCCACAUUAUUCAUGAACAAGCGCUUUCAAACGAGUCCGAAAUAGUCUACUACUCUAGACUAGAAAUCUACGCCAAUCUAAGAAAUGAUGAAGAUAGUACAUAUGCGCAACCAAAUAAUUCGGACUCUGACAGUGAUUGCAACGAUUCUAGAUUAGAAAACUACCACAAUAUAAGCAACGACCCGCAAAAUGCUUAUGUUGGUGUUGUUUUGUACGAAAACGUCAACAAACCAACAAUUUCAAACUUAAACAACGACAGCAGAGCUGCUGAGUACAACAACGUUAAGGCGUCCACAGAUUGA